AUGAAGGACCUCAUUGUUUUAACCUCAAGGCUCUCUUACAAAAUCCGCACAUACCCUAGCAAUCACACUCUCUGCUUGUGGCAACGCUGUUAUCACGAAACGAGUUCUGCCGAUGACAGCAUCGACACCCAAGCCGAGACUUGCAGCGUAGCCUCCAAAAUGAGCUCGAGGAACAGUCAGUUGAAGGGUCAUACUCUCCAAUUCGAAGAAGAACAAUGUUUAUCUUCUGCAGAGGUCAAAGUUAGUGACAAAAAAUUCGAGCCUGGGCUGACGUUGUCGGCGUUGCCCUUUUUACAGUCGUCGGAAUCUUCCGGAGGAAGAUCGCUCUGGAAGUCUCACAAAGUCGACGACUCAACACCGGUAACGGUUUGGCGCCAGUUGACCCUAAGGCUAUUGCAAUCCACAGAGGAGCUGACACGCCACGAAUGUUAUCUGAUGGAAGAGUGCCUACAAUGGUGGACCCGAAGACGCGUCAAAUUCGAUGUCGUCGACCCGGAAGCGAGUGAAGUUGUUUGGAAGCUCUGGUACAAACUCUUGACGGAAUCGAACGGCAAGCCGUCGUCUUUGUUGCUCAAUUCGGUAUUGGAUCAUUGGAGGUUGUCGAUAAAACAAAACAUCAAAGUGCCCUACUGGCCUGACGGAGUUAUCUCGCAUGUUCAGUCGCUAGCGCCGGAGCUAGUGGAUGUCAAGAGUUUCGCUCUGAUCCUUGGAGCGAUGGCAUAUUGGUAUGACGUGGACCCCUGGAAGGCACAAGCCUUACUUCAAGAGCUACCUUCACAUGUAAAACCCAACGCAAUUGUUUGGAAUUCUGCAUUAACAGUUUGGGCCAAGGCGGAUGCGUUACGAUGGCCCGACGCUGCCCUUCGGGCGGAACAACUUCUAGAACGGAUGAAACAACAUCCCGACAUUCAGCCCAACGAGGUGAGCUUCACUUGUGUAUUGGAAGCUCUUGCCAACAGCCCUUCCGCAAAGGCUCCAGAAAAAGCUGAAAGAGUCUUUCAGGAUAUGGAGGAUGCAGGAUUCCUGUCACCCAUCGCUUGUUUGCAAGUCAUGCAAGUUUGGGCGAAAUCGGACAGCCACCACGGAGCUGACAAAGCCUAUGCUCUUCUUCACGAGAUGGUGCAAUUGUACCUCAAAGACCAAUCAACCGUUAAAAAACCCAUGAAGCAUUGUUUCUCAGUAGUCAUGGAGGGAUUUGCGCGUCGUGGCAAACCAGAGAAAGUCGAACGAAUUCUGUUGGAGCUCCAGGAUUUAUACCAACGCUUCCAUGAUGAUGACUUUGUGCCAACGGCUGCGACCUUCAAUUCAGUCCUCUCUGCGUAUGCGAGAUGUGCUCUGCCUGAUAGGGCUGCGCGGGCCGAGCAAUUGCUGAUGAGUCUACGUGAAAUGGCCGAGUGGAGCGGUAAUACUGCCUGCUUACCCGACACUACAUCGGUUAAUACAGUUGUGCAUGCAUGGGCAGAGAGCAACGAUAAGGGCGCAGUCGAAGGCGCUGAAGCCUUACUGAAUGCGAUGCAACUGUGGGAAGGAGUGCAGCCUGAUGCAUACACCUACACUGCUGUCAUAAAGGCUUGGGCUCGCUCCGACAGGAAUGGUGCCGCAAUGCGAUGCGAAUCCUUCCUGAACGCAAUGUGGGCAGCAUUCGAAAAGGGGAAUCACCAAGUCAAGCCAAAUGAUGUGACAUAUGCUACAGUGAUCUACGCCUGGUCCAGAAACAAAGGAAAAGAAGCUCCUUACCGAGCCGAGGCACUUUUCCGAGAAAUGAUGGAACGGCAUAAGAACGGCGAUUCAACGUUGAAACCCAGGGAGUCUUCUUAUGUGUCUCUAAUGACAACUUGGAAUCGCAGCAACCUGCGAGAAGCGCCCUCUCGAGUCCAAUUUUAUUUUAAUCAAAUGCGAGGGAGUCACCUCGCAGGCGACAAAAGUUUGCAACCGUCCGCGAAAUUGUACAAUGCUGCUCUUUUCGCCAUGAAACGGGCAGGAGAUGGGGCGGGGGCCGAAAACAUUUUGGAGGUUAUGUAUGCAGAUUUCGAGAGGGGCAACAACAAGGCCCAGCCAAAUACGCAUGUUUUCAACACGAUCAUAUCUGCUUGGGCAAACACUAGAACGCAUAUCGCGCCAGAAAGAGCAGAAGCUAUUGUUUUACGGAUGCUGGAGCUUCAUUCAGACAAAGGAUGGGAUUGUAAGCCAAAUGCCAUAACAUACACCUGUAUUCUAGACUGCUGGGCAAAAUCAAGUCGUAGCGACGCUCCUGACCGAGCAGAGGAGAUCCUCAGACACAUGCAACACUUAAGCGAUAAAGGUGACGAAAACGUUAAGCCAACCACCUACGCUUGGUCGACUGUCCUUACAGCGUGGUCGCGGUCGACUUCUCUGGAUGCCCCUGUCCGAGCUCAGCAAUUAUUUGACGAGAUGUUACGAAAAUUUGAAGCAGGCGACAAAUCUCUUCGGCCGAGUGGACCAGCAUACGCUAGUGUUUUAUCCACUUGGUCGCGCAGCAACCGACACGACGCGCCUCAAAUAUCAUCCGAAAUCUUAAAACUCAUGAAAGAACGCCACCUGGCGGAUACGUUAAAUGAGAAGCCAAACCGGUACCACUACUCAGCUGUCAUCAGCGCCUUUGCAUCAAAGGGAGAUGUUCAGAAUGCCGAGGCAUUGUUCGAAGAAAUGAAACUUUUAAAGGACGUAGAGCCACAUGAUGGUUGCUAUAAUGGCCUCAUCAAGGCGUACGGUCGUUCGUCAUUACCCGAUGCAGCGGAACGUGCCGAGUCUUUGCUUCGCACUAUGGAGAAAGAAUCAGCCGUUGGAGCCGACUGCAGUCCUACCAUGAUAACCUACACAUCGAUUUUGGAUAUUUGGCAAAGAAGCCAAAGACCGGAUGCAGUCGACAGAGCUGAAUCCCUCCUGAAGGAAAUGCUGAAACUCGCUGAACAGGGACGGGACAAGCUAAGCCCCAAUGCGUCUACCUUUCUUGCUUUCUUACGAGUAAUUUCCAAAAGUUGUGCUACUGACAAGGCCGCUCGUGCUGAGGAAGUCUUGUCGUUGAUGAAAGCUUUUAAAUGCGCGCCAACGGACGCUGUAUUUCGAGAAUUGAAUAAAUGUCGAGCUGAUGCCUGCUAG